ACCGAUAGCGACGAGUGUGCUAUGCUAUAGCCGCGGACGGACAGACACGCAUUGGCAGCGCUGACGCUGGCAGUUGAGCGGUGUACGUGAACGUGAGUGGACGUUAUUGCCACGCCGAUUUGGAAUCGUUUAAUCGUGCAUUCGAGCAGAUACAAAACGUAUCGGCGACCGUGUUUAGUUUCUCGUGCGUGUGACGACGACGGCGACGAGUAGGCAGUAAGCGGCCGUCGUAACGUGUAUAUGAAGUGUGCGGUGAAUACAAACAUACAUAGAUACAGCGUAGUGAAUUUGUGAGUGAGUGUGUGUAGAUUGGUCGUUUUUGAUCUCAUAAUUCGAGGGUGAAAAGCGAAAAACUUGUUUGAAAUAUAAUUGCGAACGAACGGAAGAGGUAGUAAGAACGCUGCUACAAACACAUACAUACAUAUAAUUUUCUUUCAUUUCACUUGUAAUUGCCGCCGUGGCAAACAAAUUGCAACAAAAUCGAAAAAUUCGCUAACAGUUUUAUGCCAACAACGACUGUUGCACGUGGCAAGGCGGCAAGAAAUCAAAUUGCAAAAAAAAACAACAAAAACAACUUGCAUGCAAACUUACUUGCGCGCAAGAAAUAUCAGAAAGACAUAAAAACAAAACAAAAUCGUGAAGUUUCUUAGCUACGCCCGUUACACGAGUCAGCGACGCAUUGUUGUUGCUAUUUGUUUUAACAAUUUUUUCGAAGUGUGUGUGCUUUCUUCUCAACAACUCGACGCGCGCUGCAGCUACAUCAUUAAAAAGUUUGCCAUUCAAAAGCAGAAACAACAGCAAAAAAUUAAAAUAAAAUCAACGGCAAGAACAGCAACAAAAAUAAAAGCAACAACAUCUUGUGCCUGUACAACAAGCACCGUUCAAUAGGCAUCAAACAACACGCGCGCAACUCGAGCGCAUUGCGGCAUAGCUGGCCGCUAGAAGAAAUAGCAUAAACACAUACAUACACGCAUAUGUAAAGAAGGUGCUACGAGCAAGCUUACCUCAGCUAGGGUUGCAAAAAUCCGCCCAUUUCUGCAGCAUUGUAUAUUUAUUUGGCGCGUCCGCAACCACUCGUGCGAAAUCAUCGACAAGCAGCUAUCGGCAGGCGUACAACAGCUCCACCCACGCAUCAUCAACUGUUGCGUUGUUGUUGUUUUUGUACGUGCUAUCAUCCGACCAGUGCUGCCCUGCUGCAUUUUGUGGAUAAUUAGUUUCUUUUGAUUUGCAGUCACGUUGAAAAAUUGGUAGUCAUUGAGCACUUGAGCGCUUGAGCAGUGAAGCACUUACAAUUUCAUGGCUUCAAUGUGCCUUUUAUUCGUUUAAGUUCACGGCAAAGCAUUGCAAUAAAAAAAGCGUAUUGCAAAAACAAAUAUGCGUGUUGACAAUUAUGGGCGCAUAUGUAAAUUAAAUAAGUGCAACAACAACUACAAUAAAAACACAAUAACAACAGUAAUAUGCUGUAAUAAACUUUAUAACAAAAGCAAUCAUAAUAAUAACAAGAACUGUCAAAAUAGUAACCAAAACCCGUAACCACUUGAUAAGUGCAGCUGUGGCAAGGCAAAGUGCCAAAAAAAAUAACGUUUAAACCGAUCAAAUUAAGAAUCAUUAAAAUAUAUACACGCGCAUACACAGGCGUACAAUUAAGUGCGUAAUUGGAGAGAUUGCCAACAAAAAUACAGACAAUCAAACACACGAUUAUAUAAGAAAGUUGUAAACAAGGCUUACUCUUCGAAUGAAGUUUCAAAAUAAACAAAAUACAUGUCGAAGCACUUGACAUAGCCCAGAAACAACGCACAACAACAGAACGUAUGUUCAAAACAACAGAAUUCUCGCUAUAAAAACAUAACCACGAGGUCAACUAACUAAUAACGGUAACAAACUAUAUAAAGCUAAAAGAACAAAUUCGAAAAUGGCAACGACGCAUUCACAAAACCGGCGAAGUACCGUAACAGCUCCUUACCAACAGCGAGUGUACAUGAAAAGUAGAUCUCUUGCGCACACAACACACUGCACACUUCUGAGCUGUCUCUGCGUGCUCACGCUACUAGUGGCGUCGACGAAUGCAUUGGCGAAUUGCCCAAGCAGUUGUCAGUGCGACGAUGACACUUUGGUGGUGAAGUGCGGCGAAGGCACGCUAGAUGUGCUGCCCAUCACACUGAAUCCUUUCAUACAGCGCUUGGUCAUACAAACUAAUAACAUCAAGACCAUCGACUCAUCGCUGCAAUUUUAUGCGGAGCUUUUGUUCCUGGACCUCUCCUACAAUGACUUGGUCACACUGCCGAUGCGUACAUUUCAGUUCCAACGCAAGCUGCAAGAGCUGCAUUUGAAUCAUAAUAAAAUCGGCCAAAUUAGUAAUAUGACCUUUGUGGGCUUGGCCGCAUUGACGGUGCUCAAUUUGCGUGGCAAUCUGCUGGCCGAGCUCGAACAAGGGACCUUUGCGAAAAUGUCAAAACUGGCGGAAUUGAAUUUGGGCCAAAAUCGUAUCAAUCGCAUUGAUCCGCAUGCAUUUGAUGGUUUGGUGAAUCUACGUACACUCUAUCUGGAUGACAAUACAUUGACUACAGUGCCGGCGCCUAGCAUAUUCCAAGCCAUGCCCAAUUUAGCUGAGCUUUAUUUGGGCACUAACUCAUUUACGUCCAUACAAGCGCAAGCUUUUAUUGAUCUCAAAGGAUUGACACGCUUGGAUUUACGCGGAGCUGGCUUACACAAUAUCUCCGCCGAAGCAUUGAAGGGCUUAGAAGGAUUGCGGUACUUAGAUCUAGCCGAUAACCGGUUACCGGUGGUACCGACAACUGCGCUAAGUCACUUGGAAAGACUAGAGGAACUACUGUUGGGGCAGAAUGAUUUCGAGGUGAUUGGCAAUGGCGCUUUUGGUGGACUAACGCAGUUACGAAAGCUGGAAAUUACAGGCGCACAGCGCUUGCGUAGUGUGCAAAAUGGCGCUUUUAGCGCCAACACCAAUCUGGAACAUUUAAAUCUUUCAUCCAACAAAAUGUUGCAGGAAGUGCAGGAGAACGCUCUGGGAGGACUGCCACACCUGCAUCAUGUCAUACUUAAAGAAAAUGAUCUGCAUACGCUUGCCGAGGGACUCGUACCAUGGACCGAUCUACAAACACUCGAUCUCUCUGACAAUCCGAUAGUUUGCGAUUGUCAAGUGUUGUGGCUGCGAAAUUUGCUUGUCUCUAAGAACUCCACCACUGACAAGCUCAUCGACGUGAUGUGCGUUUAUCCCGAGCCUAUGCGUAAAGAGCCACUGGCGCAGCUUUCCCCAGCUAUGCUCGGCUGCUCGCAUAGUGACACAAAACAACAGGCGAUGAUCAUAGUGGUUGUUGUUGUUACAACAGCUACCAUAACCGGCUUGUUGUUGCUGAUUUAUGGCUGUCGCCGACGCAUACGGGAGACGCUCAAAGGCGGUUGGGGCAAUUCAGCGUUGGGUCGCAAAGAGCGCGAGUACCAGAAGACUUGCUCGGACGAAGAGUACAUGACGCGGCAGCAACACCCUUGCAGCCUCAGCAUACAACCAACAAUGCAAUUCACCAACAGUGUCGGUUACAAUAUGCAACAGACGCAACCGUAUAUGGGCUCCCGGCCCAUACCAGUCACCGAACUAUAGCUAGAAGCACCACCCCCACCUCCACAUCGAGGUUGGGGUACCUCGACGGCGACGGUGAAUGCCAAUAAUGCAACAACAACAACAACGACUGCCACAAACACCCUACAACAAUUGCAAGUACCGAAUGGUGUACAUGCUAAUGGCACACUGCCCGCCGAAUUGCAGUCGCCUUUCGUACAACUCAGCCAGAUACACAUGAUGACGAACAACAACACAACCAGCAACAGCAAUACCGUUAAUAAAAUCCCCAACGGUAAACCGCCGCCACCACCGCCACAUGCACAUGCACUGUCUUCGUUGCCACGCUUCGGCAGCGCACGUCGUGAGCCGAAGUCUCACGAACGCGCUGAAAGUUCGCUCUCCCACGAGCCACCCUACAGCCAGCAUCUUACCAAUCAAAACGGACAACGCACGACCACAGCCGAUCGUUACUUACGCCUCACGCAAGACCAUUUCAAUCACAAUCACGGCCCCUACGGCAGCAUUGGUAGCAACAAACACGCUAACACGUUGAGUGGCGAGCGCUCACCGCGUGAGAGUGAGUGUAAUUACAUACACAACAAUUCGCAUUACUCGCUGCCCUUGGAUCAUGCAUUGAGUGCCGUUACACCUACACCGACGCCACCGCCUCCAGCGUUGCCCGUGCGCAAUGGGCAGCUAAUGCCGCUUAGCAGCAACAACACAGGCGUGCAGCGUAUGCCCGCUUACAAUAACAACAAUUGUAGUAAUGGUUAUGCAACGAUAGGCGGUGGCGGCAAUCAUUUUGGCGGUGGCGUAGCCAUUGGUGUCGGUGGCAACAACAAUAAUGGUAGUUUAAGACGUUAUCACUGAUAUACGCUUAAGGGCGGUUGGUGCGGCACAAGCCGCAGCGCCUACUAUGAGAAAUACGAAUGCGCCUAUGAACAUCCGGUGGUGGCAAAUCGGAACAGCUUCGAGAUGUGUACGUUUGUGAGACCAUAAGAGAGAUGAGGGCAGUUAGAUUAGCGUUAGGAACAUGAAGGAAAGGUAGUCUGAAGGGAAUUUUAUAGCUACUACAUGGCCUACAUUGAAAAAAUGGUUGGGUGAGGUCUGGAGCUGGAAAAAUAAACACGAGCAUAAAUUUUAAGGAAACUGUCGACAACCUUUUUGAGAUACAUUGUGUAAAACAGUUCUGGAGGAACAAACACUGCCAUCUAACAAAUAAAUUGCAAAAUCCAAAUUUAUAUUGAAAUUACAAUAGAGUUAGAGUAGAUUUGAUACAUUAUUUCAUCCAUAAAUGUUUAAUGAGGCACUUCAAAAAUAAAAUCUUAGAAACAAUGCAGAGCUUGAGAUAAUUUCUAAAAAGUUGUAAAACAACUGCGAGAACUUGACUCAUUGAAAGUCCCACGUGAGCAACAAUGCUCCAUUAUAUCUUCAUUUUUUUAUCAAUCACUUCUCCGUUAAGGUCAAGCCAAUAUUUUCUAAACUAAUGAAAAAUUUCUAAAAACAACUUUCUAAUGUAGAAUUUUUAACGGCAAGCGCAGUUCUCAAGAACCGAUCAUACUUUUCGUUUCACUAAUAGAAACACGGACAGUUUAUUGAAUGAGAGCUGAGCCUGAAAUCCUGCACUUAUAUAAUAUUAUAUAUUGCACUUAUACACUAGAUUUUUAACCGAGCAUUAUAAAGUUUUGUCGUUAACCAACAAAUCAUACUAUUUUCAAAACCAUUUCGAAUAGCUACUGGAUUAAGACGACUUAUAGGUUUAGCGCUCAAGUAAUCACGGUCGGUAUAUCAGCUCGACUAGUAUACUCAACAAAACUGUUAUAUAUUUGUCAUACAAUUUCUUGUUGUUUUGUGAAAUACUGCUGAGCUGACACUGUUUGGCCAGUUUACAAACCGGUUACCUAGAACCGGCUGUAGUGGGAACGGUAUUCAAAUUCCUCCAUUUUUUCAACUUUCAUUUGAAAAUUUUAAUACGAGACUCAGUUUUAGCUGAUUACAUUGAACAUUAAGAAUUUUAUAUUGAACGAAGAGUCGAUCUAGAUUAAUGAAAGGUUGCAAAAGAAAGGACUCUAAGUUGACAUGUUAAGAACAAUAGAAUAAACUACAUAUAAAAUGAAGGUUUACAAACAUAUAUAUUUCAAUACAACACUGUAAAACACUGCAAAUAGUCUUCUGAAUCCCGUUCGCAUUGAAAUAGCGCGUUCUCUUAGCAGCAUAGUGCCUCUGUGCAUGACUUUUAAAGAUAGGAAAGUCACUACGUAGCAAAUUAUGGUUCUAUCGGGUGCUGAUUAUCUAAAGCCAAGCGAUUUUUUUUGUCAAGCCGGGGCUCAUAAAAUAACACAAAUAUAUUUCUUAUUGUUCGAGCAUAAUUUUUGUUUUGCAUUUCAAACUUGGUAGGGACUAUUUCGUGACUUAAUAUUGACUACUUAAAUUGAGAUGGGCAAAUAACAAGUUAUCGAGGAGCAACAUCAAAUUUCUUGCUUAUUACAGAUUAGAACCAGACACUAAAUACGCUAACUAAUAAGGGACUGAUCAGUGCUGGCUUUGGCAUGUAUCGAUAUAUUCGUGUAUAUUUAUAUACUUUUAGAUAAUAAUAAUUUCUAUAUAUCGCGAGGCACUGUAUUUAGUCUUUCCAUGAGCUCUCUAAUGUCUGCACAAAUCCAAACUGUACACAAAGAACCACAGACGUUGUUCACAGCGCAAUAUCGUUAUUAUCACCCUCAUCGAUAUCGCAUUAUUGUAUUCACUGGUGUUUUUUUGCACCAAACACAGUAGGCAGCAAUUUUCGUGAUUGGUUUUCGUAUUAAAAACCCGUUAACUUGUAGUUUUUUCCAAAAGCAGCUUUAGUUUGUUAACUAUUCUCUAUUUAAUUGUAUAUUUAUCGGAUAUUUAUAUGUAUAUGUAAAAUAGCUUUAAAGCACAAUUAAAGCGACUUAUCACAUAACAACAUAAUUAGUUAACGCAAUGGUUGGCAAGGCAAUGCGUCUCCAACAGAGACUCUUAUCUAUAUUUAUGCAUACAUAACAUAUACUAUAUUACAUAUAUUUAUAUAAAUAUAUAUAUAUAUAUGUGCAGUUUCGUAUGUUAGCGCUGUAAAUUUACUUGCACACUCGGAAAAAUACGUGUAUUCAGGCAAAAGCAUUUUCUUGUAAUAUAACUAUUUAGCAUAUAUAAAUUGUAAAUUUUUUUUCGUGCAACUUGUACUAAAUAAUUAUAAUUUAAUUGGUUUUCAUUUGUAAAUAAAUAUAAUUAUAAUGUUAGUCAAAGCGGUUAAUUGAACAGCACAAACACCAAACACAUGCAUACAAAUAUGGUAGUGUGUGUGUACAAUAUUAAAAAAGAAAUUCAUGAAAUUGAAAAAAAAGUAUGAAAAUGGUAAAAAUAUUGCAUACAAUAAAAUUAAUUGCCAUAAAAAAAUAAUUAACGCAUUAUAUGCUACUAAGCUAAGGUAGGAGCCGAUAAAGUAAUUAAAAAUAAUAAAAAAUUAUAAAAACUUUGAAUUAAAUAAAAUAUUACUCAUUUAUUGCGCGCAAAUGUAGCGUAAAUUACAUAAUUUGUGCAUAAACACAUACAAACACACGUUUAUUUGUUUGCGCGUGCAAAAAAGACAGAAAAAUGUAUGAAAUGCGACAAUUGAUUUUCAGUGAUCUAAAUAUUAAGUUUAAAAUUAAUUAUUUGUAAAUAUAAAAAAAAUUAAUUACACAUAUGAAUAUUGAUAAUUAUACAUACAUACAUAUAUAUGUACAUAUAAAUUUAAAAAUAUACAAAAAAUCAAAUUAUAUUGAGAGUACUAUAAAAAAUUAUUGAAAGCAAUCAUAUAUUAAAUAAAAUGAUAAUUAUUUAAAAAACAAACUUAAAAUGUAAAAUAUCAACAGUAAAACAUAAAAACAUAAAAUAAAAAAAAAAUUAAAAAAUUAAUUAAAUUCAAUAAAAAAAGAAGUUUUCGCAGCUAGCAAACAUUGAUAUUGCACACACAUAUUUGCAAAUAUUCAAAAACAAGCAAUAAUUGUACGAAAUAUUAUACAAAAUAAACUAAGGCAAGAGAGAAAAAUGUAUGUAAACAAAAGCACUUUACAUUAACAAUUAAUUACAAAACUUAAUAAGCAAAUAUGCAACUGUAUUAUAUUGUACACUUCUCAAUGAUAUUGUCUAACACAACAAAACUUAACGAAAACGACUUAAAACCAUUUCGAUUUAAAUUAUUUUUGGCAGCAGCUUAGGCGUUAGUGUCUACAGUCAGCACGAUAAAUAUGCGAACACAAAAAAUGUUUAAAUUUAUAAAAUUAUAAAUUUUGUAUGUUUUUUUUUUGUUAUAGCAUUUUUUUAAUUUAGUAUUUUACUUAAUCCUAAUUAUGGUUUUCGCCAAUUGAUAGUAUGCUGUAUGUAUUUAUUGCAACUUUUACUCGGAAAUAAAACACACAAACACAUAUACUUAUUACAAGAACAAAUAGAAUUUGUGGUAGUUAUUAUAUUUGUCGUUUGAUUUUGGUUUGCGUUUUCAAAAUGGUAAGUUAAGUUACUAAUUGAUUUGUUUGCUAAUAGUUUAACUUUUUUUUUUGCUUUGUUUUAAACAUUUCCCCACUUAUUGAGAACAUAACCUCAACACUAGAAAAAAAACUUAAAACUUAAAAGCAACAAAUUUAAUAUGAACUUUUUUUCAAAACGAAUUCAUUUGACACCUUACCUCAUUUAUAGUUAACGUCACCUCAAAACUGCUGAACAUCACUAGCAACAUUCUUAUAUCGACCGUUUUCCACUGUUUCGAAAAUUUCGUUCAAACCUAAUCUACACUCUACUAAACAUAAUCUCAAUCCAAGUGAAUAUAACCUUAACAAAGUUGAUGUUAAACAGAACAACAUCAUAAAAAAAGUCUGGCUACUUUACAAAUUUCAACGUGAUUUUUUUUUUUUCAAAUAAUAAAAAAAAGUCAGUAAUUUAAACUUAAUUUUAACUAGGUGACAUCUUUAAUAAUAAUUAUGUCAUAACCUUUCUGCCGAACCUUUCAAUAUUAAAUUAGAAGCCCAAAAAUCAUUACUUAUCCGCUAGAUAAGAAUAAUCAAAAAAAUUCUGGCAUCACAGUGUGUAAUUAAUGGCAUGUCUGUCUCAAUCGCUCCGGCAGUCAAUCAUCCGGCAGGUUCUUAAACAGCAUUUAAGUCUAUUUUCUAUGCUAUAUUCGAAUUCUUAAUUACAAAUUAAGGACUCCAUUGGUAAUGAAUGCUACUUAAUAACCCUCGAAUUGAUCAGCUGAAGGAAUUUCAACUAUAUAUCUCGCUAAUUGCAAUAAAAGCGCGAUUUAAUUGACAAGAAAAUUUCAACAAAUAUAUUUAAAAACUAAAAAAUCGCUUCAAGGUUACAUCAUUACAAAUUAUAUUUAAACGAAAGUUUUUAUUAAACAAAAAUCAAACCUUAGGCAGGCACGAAAUAGUAAUAAUUUGAGCUAAAUUGAGUGCUUCGAAUAUCUCAUCGCUUGAGUGCCUGCGUUAGUGAACGAGUUGAAGUUGACAUUUGAUUAGAAUAAGACGUAGGACAAAGACACUCUCAAGGGAGGAAAUAAUCAGAAAAAUUCAAAUUCGUAGUCUAUUGACAAGAAAAUUGAAACAAUGACUUUAAUUUCUCUAAAAUAUUACAAUAAAUAUUGUUGGCUUAUCCUUUGCAAGGUGAAUUUUUAUUAGUUGAAAGCGGACAUAAUCAACUCCUUUCAUCAGCUUCCGUAAGUGUUGCGGGCGGAAUCGGAUUGUUUACUAUAAACAUGUUGAAUAACUAGCAUAUUAUAAUUACACCGGUUUACGGUCAUUUUGCGACUGUGUGGUUAGAGGCUGUUUCUUGCUAAUUUUGGGUUGCUAAGACCGAAAAUUAUAGUAAAAAUUUCUUAACACGUAGAAGUUUUUUUGUUGUAGUCAAGUGGUGUAAGGGUCAAACUACCAACAUUUAAUAAAUUAACAAAAUUAGAUGUACGUGAUGGAACAUUUUUGAACUCAAAUUCGUAAUCAGGACAUCGAAAAUACUCCCAAAAACCUUUUAGCACAUCAGUCGCAAAUUUUUGCAUCAGAUUUGUUGAGUAGUGUUAUUGUUACCAUUAGAUAGAAGUCUUCACAAAAACAACACACUUAAUUUUGCUUGUGUAACAACUCAAUUUACAAUUUAACUGUUCCGGUUAAUUGACAGAAGUUUCCGAAAAAUUUGCAAAACCUCAACGCUUCUUUGAUUUGUAUGAAUAGCAAACUUGGUUACUCAAUUUACAACUUAAAUGUCUCGGCUAAUUGAGUCUUUUGAAUUUAAAAUUUUAUUAUUUGGAAAUUAUACUAUGCUGAAAGCGUUUGUGUGAAAUGAUCGGCUCUGCAACAAAUAUCUAUGAGUACUAGCGAUCUCUACAGGUUCUGCCACAAUCUCUGGUACUUAAAGUAGAUUUUGUUAAAACAAAUGUUCUAAUAGGUUGGCGUUUUAGUUGAUAUGCCUGCAUAACUACGAAUAUUGGGAUAUUUAUUGAUUAAUUUCGAGUUGCCUACUGUAAACCUUAAACGGUAACGAAUAAUCUGGAAGACUUAGAGAGCGCGUAUAUUUGUAUGUCAUAUUUAUCUUCAUCGGGUAGAAAUAGCGCUAUAUAUAUUUAUGGUGUUUUCGGCUAAUGAAUUCGAUGCCUAUAAUAAUAUAUAAUAAAUAAAAAUGCUAAUACAAUUCUGAGCGAUUCGUUCAACUCUGCAGCCAAAAAUCCGCUUUUAUCUAAAAAGUUACAAACAUAUUAAAAUUUUCGGAAUAAUUAAAUGUUAAUGCUCUGGUUUCUGAAAAUCACUAAAACGUUUUAGGCGUCAUAAAUCAAUAAAAUGCCAGUGUAGACACACAUGAAUAUAAUAAUAUAUUGUAUGUUUGUCAGCAUUUAAAUUUUUGUAUAAUGGAAAAUGGCUUCGGGGAAAGCAAAGUUGUUCGCAAAAUUUUCCAGCAAGUUAAUUUAAAUAAUUUUUCGGCGCAGAUAAUCAUGUUUAUGCAUCAAAUGGAAAUUUUUAUUCGAGAGCAAAUAAAUUUUUAAAAUGGAACUGAUAUGUGUGCAAAAUACGAGUACAUACAUACUUAUAGCUAAACACAUGUGACUGGUGGGAGUUUGCCAAAUUAUUGUGUGAACUAAUAUGAUGCCAAAAUUUUAAAAUCACAAUAAAUUUUGUUAGAAGCGCGAAUAUUAUUUUUGGAAAAAAUUUAAAAUUUGACUAAAAACCAUUAUUUAUACGCUUUCAUACAUUUAUGUAUUUUUAUGCAUUUCUAACUCGUCAGCGCAUUAAAAUGCAAAUUUAAAAAAAAAAAUUAAAAUAUAUAUAAUUAAACAUUUUUUUUUGGUUUGCGCUAGCUUUUGUUAUCUGAUUGCCACACUUUUCUCAUUCAAAUUAUAAUUUGCUGUUAGUGGUUAUUGUUUUUGUAAAAGCAUCUAAAAUGCUGCAUAAAUUUAUGUUUAUUAUAUGCGUAUGAUAUAUAGAAUCUAUUAAAAAGAAAGCAUAGAAUUUCGUUUAAAAUUAUAGCGCUGAAUGAGAAAAGGUAAUUCAACAACAACUAAUUUGGAUUUAGAUUUAUUCAUUUAUAUAUUUGCAAAUUUUGAUUACCAGGAAAUAAUAACACAUUGGUCGGUGAAAAAAUUUUACAAAACAUAUGUACAUAUAUUAAGACUCCAAUUCACUGAUAAAAUUUAUUUGUUUACCAUUUAGUUUUAGUAAUAUAUUUGAUAUCCUUCUAAAAUUGAAAUUGUAUAUUAAGUAUUUAUAGCAAUAAUAUAAGCUUAUUUGUGAAAAUUUUAGUUUUCCACAAAAUAAUUAAUUUUAAUUUAAGAUAAGAAAUUUUUUGUGGACUAGAAAUUUUGGAAAAGUUUCUAAUAUAAAUUUUAGUUUUAGAAUUUUUCUAAAAAUUUCUUAUCUAUAUUUAAAUUUUAGAAUUUUCUAAAAAUUUUGAAUUAAAAAUUUAAUUUAAUUUAUUUUUUUGCAAAGUUUUAUAAAGAUGCUUAUAUUAUUGCUGUAAAUAAUAAAGAAUUUAAGUUUUUUAUUACAAUAACCUACGACAUUGUCAAACUACACUGAUAGACUUAACUACCUAAACUAGAUUUAGGCUCCUAAAUCUAAUGGAGCAAGAAACGAUUACUACAUCCAUUGGUUUAUAAUGAGAGUAGCUCACGGAGUAUCGAUUAUCAAGUUAACAUAGUUGGGGUUGACAAUUGUUGAUAACAAUAAUCAACGCAGUCGAGAGCAAUCUCUAGAACUGUGCUCAAAAAUUGCGUUUUCCAUUAUAUUCUGGUACUAUGUUUGGUAUGGCGUUGUAAUGUUAAAGUAUAGCGACUUUCCAUUUAAGAGCUUAUUAAACUGAUAAUGUCAAACACUAGUGGUGCGCUUAAGUGAGUUUACCGACAUAGCGUUGUCGGUUACUCAGUUUACUUGCACAAGUAAUCGUCUAAACAUAUUAAGUCUCAGUAUGAAAGGAUCUCUACAACAAUUUUUGAGUGAGUAGAAUCUGGAGACACUGCUUUUGUUAUAGCAAUGGUCUUCGUAAUACCAGUUCAAUUAUUGAAACGAAUUAUUGUUUUUUAUACAGCAGCAUUUUAUUUCGUUACUGUUACUCAAUACUACCAAUUAUUUAUUGGAAACCACGGCUUCUUGAAUGAGUUGAUAAAAUUUUUUAAAAAUUCUUACUAAAUCUCAUCAUUAUUGGACUAAUUACCUGGCAACUAAGUGUAAAUUGAACUCAACUAGCUAAGGCAAUUAUGUGGUUAAUACAUAUUUAAAUUAUUGUUCCCUAUGAGACCCUUUUUGUGAGAAAAAUUAUAACUCACUUAAAAUAUUAUUCUUUACUUCAAAAUAGAAGCUUCAGCUUUUAGCUUAACACUAAAGAAGAUUAUAAUUUGGAAUACGUUUUCGUAUUGAAUUUUAUUUAAAAUUUUGUUUGGGUAAUCCUCUAAAAUAAUUGUGUAACAGGUUGUAUUAAAUUUUGCGCGCAGUUUGUAAUACCCAGAAGAAAACGUCGGAGAUUGUAUAAAAUAUAUUUAUACAUAUGUAUAUGUGAUUAGCGUGACGAACUGAGUUGAUUUAGCCAUGUCCGUCUGUCUGUAUAUAUGCGAAUUAGUUUUUCAGUUCUUGAUAUAUCGCUGUGAAAUUUUGAACACGUCUAUUUCUUACAAGAACCUGCUCAAUUGUCGAAAGUCAGUGAUGAUUGUUGAAGGUAACUCAAAAUAUCUCAAAAAAUCAAAAAAAUUUUCCAUAUCGGACUUCCUUGGCUAUAUAUGCCAUUAAAAGUGAACGAUCAAAACAAAGUUCUUAUAAGGAAAACGUUUUUAUUCACGAAAUUUGGUAGGGACUAUAGUCCAAGGCAACGCUAGAAUAUAAUUUUCUGUUCCAGGUCAUAAGUGCGGCGACGUAACAAAUAUUCAUAAAUUUUAAUUUAUUUUUAGAAAACUCUCUUAGAGUAUUGUGGUUUGUAAAUUUUAGUCAAUGUUAUUUCAAAAAUAUAUUUUUGAUAAUAUUUCUAAAUUAAUUCCAUAAAAAAUCUAUUAUUUUUGUUUGUUUUUUUACACGAGUCAUUUAAAUAAAAUAUAUAUUGUCUAUUAUUAUAUUUUCCUUGGCAAAGUCUUCUAAUAAUGUCAAGAAUAAUCAAAACUUCUUAUUAUUCAAAUCACUCUACAAGUUAACAUGCUAAACUAUUUUUAUAAUACAAAAACAAAAUGUAUGUCUUUAAAGUCGUUACAUUCUGCAUUCGAAACUCUUCAACAAAAACUUAGAAUACACAUAUGCUCGUAAAGAAUUCCAAAAUAUUUAUAAAUGUGACUAAGAAAUUGUAAAUGUUUACUCAAUUAACAUAUGAAUACUUAAAAAUUUCAAAUAAUUAUACGAAAUAUAAGGAAAAUGCAACAAAAAAGAACAAAUAAUAACAAAUAAAAACCAAUACAAGGGAGUUUAUAUACUAAAUAAAAGUAAAUGUUACAAAUCAGUGAAGAACUAAACCGAAAUUAAGUCAUUAUGCAUUUAAGCUAUUACGCUAUUAAGUAUUUAAGGAUACACACAUGCAUACAUGCAUAAGCGUAGUUAAGCGUAAUUCUUUAAAAAAUAUACAAUAACUGUAAGCAAAUUACAACAGACAAGGGAGUUAUCAAACAAAAAUACAUAGACGUAAGCAUAAAAAUAUAAAUUGUAACGUCAAAGCAGCACAAGGGAAUAUUGAGAACAAAAACAAAAACAAGUAAGAAAUAUUGUAGUAAUGAUAGUGAGCAAGAGAAUAUUAAAUAAGAAAGUUAUUGCAAUAUGAAUGAAGGCAACAAUAGAAAUGCUAAGAAAGGAAGAGACAAAAAACCAAAUGACAUACAGCACAGUUAUCAAAAGAGAAUCAACAACUUAACGCAUAAAUAAAUAAUUGAAUAAAUGACAGUUGAGGAAAUUGCUAAACAUAUAGCAUGCCAUUGAAAUCCACAAUAACGUUAGAUGACAAAUGAACGAGUAUGCGUAUAAUUGCCGAGUAAAGGCAAAACUUUUCGAAUUUGAAAUAAUAAGCUGGAAAAAAACCAUAAAAUAACAAUAAGACGCCCAGAGAACUCUUUAACUUUAGUUUUGAAAUUGACGCCCAAAAGUAGGCUAAGCCAAUACCAAGAAGGAUGUAUGCAAAGUGGGCAGUAACUGAUAUGGAAUGGCGCUUAGUCUACAUUUGAGCGCAUAGCAGUGUUUCAAAUAUAAAUAAUGGUGUGAAAAAAUAAGAAAAUGCGCGCAUUGAACUAUUUUAUUAACAAAACAGUAAAGAAGACAACAUGAAUCGAACAUCAUCACACCAAGCAGUACUAAACUCAAGAUAUUUAUAUAAAAAAUAUUAAAACACAAUUAUCGCUCAACUAAUUUGCAACUUACUACAACCACAAACAAACCACAUUUUCACAGAAAUACCCUUAAAAAAAGCCUCGAAAAAUCGAAAGCAAAGUUUGAGCGCAAAAGAGAACUACUUUGCUUUAAUAAAAUUUUUUGAUUUUCCAAACGCUAAAAUUAUUUAAAGGUUUUCGUAUUUUACGUCUAAAGAGUAAAGACACUUCCACAACCUCCUUUGCUAAUUAUUUUCAUAUGAAUAUCAAAGUUUUAAGCAUUUUUCAAAUCACUACCUUCAAGUUCUCAGUUUGACUGUUUGAGUUCUUUCAUACAUAAUACACACCCUUUAUACAUACAUAGCCAUAUACUAGGUAAUAAUUUGCAAGUUUAUAUAAUAUAAAUUAAGUAUAAAAUAAAAUACAAAUGGGUAUAGUUAACCAAAACUUACGAUAAACAAGGAAACAAGGAAAUAGUGUAGUAAUUUAGUAAAAUAUUUUAAAUAAAGAACAUUUAAAUGAUCUGAAA